AUUGCGGCAUCCAAAACAUGGACACGCAGUCCAACUGCCAUUGCACCAUUGUAAGCUAAUAAAGAGAAUUUUAUUAUAAACAAGUUUUGUUAGUCACAAAAAAAGCAUGGAGCCUAAUUUCUAUCUCUCCCUUCUCCUUCUCUUUGUCACUUUCAUAUCUCUCUCUCUUUUUUUCAUAUUCUACAAACAGAAAUCUCCAUUAAAUUUGCCACCUGGUAAAAUGGGUUACCCAAUCAUAGGUGAAAGCCUUGAGUUCUUAUCAACAGGAUGGAAAGGACAUCCUGAAAAAUUCAUUUUCGACCGUAUGCGUAAAUAUUCCUCAGAACUCUUUAAAACAUCAAUCGUAGGAGAAUCUACGGUGGUUUGUUGCGGAGCAGCAAGUAACAAGUUUUUGUUUUCAAACGAGAAUAAACUUGUGACUGCAUGGUGGCCAGAUAGUGUAAACAAAAUCUUCCCUACUACUUCUCUUGACUCUAACUUGAAGGAAGAAUCCAUCAAGAUGAGAAAAUUGCUUCCACAAUUCUUUAAACCCGAAGCUCUACAACGUUAUGUUGGUGUCAUGGAUGUUAUUGCUCAAAGACAUUUUGUUACUCAUUGGGAUAAUAAAAAUGAAAUCACCGUCUACCCCUUGGCCAAGAGGUACACCUUUUUGUUAGCUUGUCGGUUGUUCAUGAGCGUUGAAGACGAGAAUCAUGUAGCAAAAUUUAGUGAUCCAUUUCAGUUAAUUGCGGCCGGAAUCAUAUCUCUACCAAUUGAUUUGCCAGGAACACCAUUCAACAAAGCUAUAAAGGCCUCAAACUUUAUAAGAAAGGAGUUGAUUAAGAUCAUAAAGCAAAGGAGGGUAGAUUUGGCAGAAGGGACAGCAUCACCAACACAAGAUAUAUUGUCUCACAUGUUGUUGACAAGUGAUGAAAAUGGAAAGAGUAUGAAUGAACUUAAUAUUGCUGAUAAGAUUCUUGGCCUUUUGAUCGGAGGACAUGACACUGCUAGCGUCGCAUGCACUUUCCUUGUCAAAUAUCUCGGCGAGUUACCUCACAUUUAUGAUAAAGUCUAUCAAGAGCAAAUGGAAAUUGCAAAAUCGAAACCAGCAGGAGAAUUGUUGAAUUGGGAUGACCUGAAGAAAAUGAAAUACUCUUGGAACGUAGCUUGUGAAGUAAUGAGACUUUCCCCUCCACUCCAAGGAGGUUUCAGGGAAGCCAUCACUGACUUUAUGUUCAAUGGAUUCUCAAUUCCUAAGGGAUGGAAGCUUUAUUGGAGUGCAAAUUCAACACAUAAGAACGCAGAAUGUUUUCCCAUGCCAGAGAAAUUUGACCCAACAAGAUUUGAAGGAAAUGGACCAGCUCCUUAUACUUUUGUUCCCUUUGGUGGAGGACCAAGGAUGUGUCCUGGAAAAGAGUAUGCAAGAUUAGAAAUACUUGUUUUCAUGCACAAUUUGGUGAAAAGGUUUAAGUGGGAAAAGGUGAUUCCAGAUGAGAAGAUUAUUGUUGAUCCAUUCCCCAUCCCUGCAAAGGAUCUUCCAAUUCGCCUUUAUCCACACAAAGCUUAAAAAAAAAGAUAUUCAAUUUGGCUUGUACAAGUUGUGGCUGCUGCUGCUGUUACACACACAACACAAGUACAUGGUGCAUUCCAAAUAUUUCUCUUCCUGUAUUUGUUCUUUUACUUUGUAAUAUUUAUUAUCGUGCUUUAAAACCUAAAAAAUAAAGUAGUCACAACAUAUCCAAAGAUGUUUUAGAAGACCAGAUUUUAAAAUGUGACUUACAAAAAAGUUGUACUCAUUUUGAUUAUGGCUUCUAUUGUAUCUAUCCCAUACUGAAUGAUUGAUUUCUUUUGUGAUUGAGAUAAAGUGAACCGAAUCUGAAGUUUGAUUGGUUUCAUUCGGUUCUUUAGAGUCAUUAUGUGAAUUUGAUACAAUAAACAUCUUUUUU